AAAUAACUCCUGUCCCCCUGUCUGACCUCCUCAGUUACUGGUGCUGCUUUUCCCCACAGCUCCCAGCAUGCAAGGGAGUGGCAGGGAGAGCCAGCCUGUUUUUGGUAGAGAUUUAAGGGUCUGGGCAGUGGGCUGCAGAGUGGACACCAGAGAAGAGCUGAGGAGAAACAGACUGAGAGCUGAGGUUAAAGAGCAUUGAAGGAGUUUUGCACUGGAGUUAUGAGGGUGGGACCUGCAACCUUGGCUGGGGGGAUAUUUGGGGUAGUGGGGACAUUGUGUUUCUUCAUUGCCUUCGCUACGGACUACUGGCUUGUGGCCAGUGACAACUGUGGACCGUAUACAUGGCCGACACAAACAAGACUGAUAACAGAUGCCAAUGGGACUGAGAUCGAGAUAGUGGAGGCAGUCACUGUUUCUCCUCCACCUCUCACUCUGCACCACGAGGGCUUCUUCUGGCGGUGUGUGUUUCAGGUGGAGCCCUCGGCGAGUGCACACCUGGCCACUCUCUUCACCAACCAGCCAGAAUCCAAGGUGUGUAUCCAUGGUUACCUCUUUCCCCUGCCUGUCGCAGUUGGACAGGUGCCUCAUCCAAGUUAUGAUGCGACAGCAGUGUUUCGGGGUUUCUGGACCCUGCUGAUCAUCUUUGGCCUGGUCGCGGCUCUCACUGGAGGCUUCCUGUUGGUCUGCGGCGUCCCCUUCUUCAGCCACAAACUCUACAAAGUGGGCGGUGCCUUCCUCAUCGCCGCUGCCCUGUUGUUCCUGCUCCUGCUGCUACUCUACGUUCUGUGGAUGGAGGUGAUGGAUGUGGAGCGCUAUGUCCUGCAGGAGAGAGGACAGACGUGUCCCAAUGCUCAGGUGUCAUUGCUCUACGGCCUGUCAUUCAUGGUGGCUGCCGCCGGCGUUCCUCUGCUGCUCGUCUCUGGGAUGGUCUUCAUGCUGGUGGGCCGUGCUCUGCGAGCCAGCAAGUGAGCCUGCCAUCUGGCCUACAGGGGAAGAAAGGACUGACCUUUUUAUGUGGUGCACUGGGACUCAGCAGCACACUCAUGGGAUGUUAAAACUGUCUGGAAAGACUCGAUCAAUAUUGCAGUAGCACCCUUUGGAUGUCCAUACAGUCAGAGACACUACAUUUGUGUUUUUUAUAACUUACUUUGCUUUAUGUAUAUGAGAUAAUUACAAACUUCUACGAUCAUUAAUGUCACAACAAGUCAGUUAGAGGGUAUUAUUAUUAGAUUAGCUGGAAAAUGUCAAGCAACUGUUCUCAACUUCAAAUCUUGCCUCCUCCUAUAACAGUAAUGCAAAGUUGUGACAAUAUAAUUCACCAGUCGUCUGAUAUUGGGUCCAUAUACAGUCUCAACAAAAUAAAAAGUCAGCUACUUACUAACAGCAGGGCUAGAAUAUCGUAAACUCAACCAAACUGCUGACAGGGUUAGGGUUAGGGUUAAGCUGCAUUCACAUGACAGGCGGUAAAACGGCUCUGCGCUGAUGCUGCUGUUGUGUUUUUACGGCGCUCUGACCCCAUUCACCACUGACCUUUCACCACGCAGCCAAACAAAUGACAGCUGAAUAAAGCGACACAAGCUAGCAGGGGAGGUAACUGUAGAAACACAACUAAACCAGCUGUUUCAACCCCAAGAACUCAUUGCCCAACCUCGCGAUGAGCAAAGAACAAACUGCAUUUCACGUGACUGCAGCUUUAGGGUUAGCCCGCCACAUAAAAAACCUGUAUUAUUGACAUUGUUUUUAGUAUGGUUUGAUCCGUUUAAAACACUGAGUUAGAUGUUACUCGAUAGUUGAGGUUUUCAACUCAAUUUCUUUGCCACCAAACACUAUAGCUUGACUGGGUGCUUGGGGUGGUGAUAAACGUUACUGAAACUUUAGCCAUUUUUGUAUUUUUUGUUUUGUUUUACUAUAACCGGGGGCUGUACAGUGUGAUUGAUAAGCCCUCUGGCAGCUCAACUUGUUUUCCUCUAAUACUGAACUCAGUGAAGACUACAUGCUUCUGUAACUCACUAUUAUUUCUCGUGGAACAAGUGUUGUAACAAGACAGGAUGGGCCAUGGGUAAUCAGUUAGCAUGCUAAUCUAUCUCUUCAACACAAUACAUAGACUUAUUUGACAUCACGUCAAAACUGUUACUUCUUCACAUUCUGUUGAUUCUUUUUUACUGUUCUAAAGUGAAAUUCAGACAUAUCUUGGACAUUGUACCUUUAAUAUAUUCAUCUAACAACAUUGUGUAAGUAUAAAUAUGUCUUCCACUGAUA